AUGCGAGACGUGCUUGUUGAGCGUUUUGGGUUCGAUCAAGGGCAUAUAGAGCUCCUUACUGAUGCAGCUGGUUCGUUAGUCAUGCCCACGGGUGCUAACAUUAAGAAGGCAUUGGAUCGGAUGGUCAAUAAAGCUGAAUCGGGAGAUGUUAUGUUCUUUCACUAUAGUGGACAUGGAACAAGGAUCCCAUCAACCAGACCAGGCCAUCCCUAUAGGCAGGAUGAAGCAAUUGUACCUUGUGAUUUUGUUGAUUUCAAUCUCAUCACAGAUGUGGACUUCCGGCAUAUAGUAAAUCGGCUGCCAAAGGAAACUAGCUUCACGAUUCUUUCGGAUUCGUGCCAUAGCGGAGGCCUGAUUCACAAAGAGAGAGAGCAAAUUGGACCUUCUUCCAUCGCUAAUUACACCAUAUUGCAAUCCUGUAACCCCAAUACAAUCCCCUUUGAAUCCAUUCUACAGCACUUCGCAUCACUAACAGGCAUAAACACAUCUGAUAUUGGCAUCCACUUGCUGGAAUCCUUUGGAGCCGACGCAAGACUUAAGUUUAGUUCACGUCCAGUUGAGCUGAAUUUGUUUGAGUUGGGGAAGCAGGAUGAAGGGAUUCUUCUUAGCGGAUGCCAAGAAAAUGAGACUUCUGCAGAUAUGAACCCGAUGAUGACUGGAGGGAAGGUGUAUGGAGCAUUCAGUAAUGCGGUUCAGACAGUUUUGAAGGAUCAUUUGGGCCCGUUAAGCAAUAGACAAGUUGUGGUUAUGAGCAGGAAAGUUUUACAGGCUGCAGGCUUUGUUCAACACCCUUGCCUCUACUGCAGCGAUGACAGUGCAGAUACUCCUUUCUUGUAG